ACAAAUCGAGAAUCCAUCAGUUCUUCCUGUUGUCGUGAUUCAACUUUAAAAACAAGGCAUAUAAACAUGGCAACAAAUCUAAAAGAGAGCUACGAUCUUCUUGGGCUUCCAACUGACGCUACCGAAGAAGAAGUGCGAAAAGCGUACAUAAAGAAGGCGAAAGAAUGCCAUCCGGACAAGAAUCCUGAUGAUCCACAAGCCACAGAGAAAUUUCAGGCGCUUAGUGAAGGAUACGAGAGAAUAAAUUCAAAUUCGAGAACAGAGUCCACUGAUGAGGAAAAUUUCAGUGGAUGUGAUGAUUUCUUCAACUUCAUAUUCUUCCGGGAAAUGAUGCGAAGGAGGAUGAGAGAGGAGAUGAUAAUGAGAAUGUUUGGAGGUAUAUUUGACGACGACAUAGGCCUCGAGGGAGUUCACUUCCCGUUUGGAGGGCCUUUAUUUAACCGCCCAAGGUCUCAUGAAUCUUUCGCACGAUGGCAUCAUUCUCGGUUUCAGGAUGAAAGAGCACCCAGUGCACACGAUACUUCCACUAAAUCGUCAAAGAAGGAAAAGCAGCGUAAAAAAAAUCCACGCAACGCGUCGGACCUAGGACCCAGCGGAGACUUGCACGAACGAGAAUAUUCGAGAAGACGUAAUUUUAGCAACGAGGCAACAACCUCAGAUCGUGGAGAAACUAUUAAAAGCAAAUCUGCUGAGGAAAGUUUUCCCGCUAGUAAUGAAAAAGAAACAAGUGACAAAAAGCGAGAUGAACAACGUGAUGCUCGAAAGUCAAAGCAGAAAAAUAAGAACAAAGGACAAAUGACGGCGGCUGAAUGGCAAAAGGGACGAAAGAAAAAUCACAAAAAGAAGACGGCGAGGUCCUGAAAUGCUUGGCCCGGCAUCAAGGCCGAAAGUUAAGCCUUGAUUCUGUGAAAUGGCAAUGGGUAACAAAAUGAUGAAGGUUGAUGGAAUUCUUACGAUUGAUCCAAUUUUUGUAUCUUUCUGGAAAGUUCAACGACUCUCUUCACUCCUGAGAGAAUCUCACGUUAGUGACAGAAUUGUAAACGGGUAUAGAGAGCCUUUUCCACAUUUUGUUUCCAUUAGUUGUAGUUUCGAAAAAAAAUAUUG